AUGGAUGUUGUGAGAAUGUGGAGCCGUGUGAUUAGGGGUGUGGCGUUGGCGGUGUUCGUGGGGUGGCUUUUGAUAUGGAUCAUGAUGCCCACCAAUACUUACAGGCACCAAUGGCUUCCCAAAAUCCGACAGAAGAGUUAUUAUUCUGAGUAUUUCGGAUCAGAAGGGACUACGCUUUUGAUUUACACGUUUCCCAUUUUGUUCAUCGCUGUUUUGGGCUGUGUUUACAUUCAUUUGGAACGCAAAUGUAAGGAUCAAAACAUGCAAAAAAUCAGCAAGAGCGGCCGCCGUUUCGCGACGUGGAGACGGCCGGCGAUUGUAAAAGGGCCUCUGGGGAUAGUGUCAUGGACGGAGGUGGCGCUGGUGGCCAUGUUCAUGGCGCUUCUUGUUUGGUCAUUGGCCACAUAUUUACACAACAGCUUCGUCGCCGAGAAAGAAUGGGAGAUUAAACUGGGAAGUGCAGCGUUUUGGCUGGGAAUUGUGGGGAAUAUAUGUCUAGUUUUUCUCUUCUUUCCGGUGGCGCGUGGGUCGCCGCUGCUGCCGCUGCUUGGCCUCACCUCGGAGGGCUGUAUUAAGUACCACAUUUGGCUCGGACAUAUGACCUUGGCCUUCUUCUCCGCUCAUGGCGUCUGCUUCGUCAUCUAUUGGACCGCUACUCAUAAUCUUUCUCAGAUGCUUGAAUGGUCAAAAACAGACAUAUCAAACGUAGCUGGAGAAUUAGCUCUAGUUUUUGGACUCAUAAUGUGGGCGACAACUUUCACUCGAAUUCGGAGAAAGUUUUUUGAGGCUUUCUUCUACACUCACUAUCUCUACAUUCUCUUCGUUGUCUUCUUCAUCUUCCAUGUUGGUAUCUCCUAUGCUUGCAUCAUGCUUCCUGGCUUUUACCUCUUCCUCCUCGACCGCUACCUCCGCUUCCUCCAAUCUCGUCGUCGGGUUCGUCUACUCUCCGCUCGCAUCCUCCCUUGCCGUACUCUAGAGCUCAACUUCUCCAAGCACCCAAGUUUGAAGUACAACCCAACAAGCACCAUGUUCAUCAACAUCCCCACAAUCUCCAAGCUCCAAUGGCACCCCUUCACCGUCACUUCCAACGCGGAUUCAGACGCCGAUUCACUCUCCGUCGUCAUCAAAUGCGAAGGAAUUUGGUCCUCCAACCUCUACCAAACCCUCUCCUCCCCCAAUUCCGCCAUUGACGCACAUAACCAAGCUUCCCUCGAAGGCCCCUACGGCCCUGUUUCCUCCCAUUUCCUCCAUUUCGACUCCCUCCUCCUC